CAAAGGGCCAAGGGUGAAUGGUUGCAAUAUUGUAUUUGGUAUAUGCACAAUUGGAGUAUGGUGUGAAUCAGAACUCAGAAGGUACGGAAAAAGCCAUGGUCACUGUUCUAAGUGGGUGCGGGUGCUUCAUUUCUAACGCUAACAAUAUUUCGAAUAACAGACCCAAGAAUAGGUAUAAAGUCGUGGGCCGCAACUCCAUUUCUUUUACUUCAGUCAGUUCAGUGAAGCCCCAAACCAAAAGAGCACUCCGAAUCGUGAUUAGAGCUUCGACGGAACCUCACGCCGGCGUGAUGGCCACUGAGAAAGGCGGAAUCAAGGUCAUCACCGACCCUCCGGAAUCAAAACUCUCUGAGUUGGGAGUCAGAUCUUGGCCCAAGUGGGGAUGCCCUCCGAGCAAAUUCCCAUGGACAUACUCUUCCAAGGAGACGUGCUAUCUGCUGAAGGGGAAGGUGAAAGUGUACCCAGACGGAACAAAUGAAGCUGUUGAAAUUAAGGCGGGCGACCUGGUCGAGUUCCCAAAGGGCAUGAGCUGCACUUGGGAUGUAUCUGAAGAGGUUGACAAACAUUAUAACUUUGAAUGAACCUUUAGGUAUUAUCCCUCCCUCUCUACAAACGGGAUUAUUAUUAUUAUUGUUAUGUGUAAUGAACACUUCACUCGCUAUGAUAAUGAAUCCAGUUUGAAUUUCUGAACCCCUAA